UGUGGCACCAGAAGUUAUCAUGAACAAAGGCCACGACUUAGGAGCUGACUGCUGGUCUCUGGGAAUCCUGGUAUUUGAACUGCUAACCGGCAACCCCCCCUUCUCUGGGUCAGACCCUAUUAAAAUUUACACAAUGGUCCUCCAUGGCAUUGACAGGGUGGAUUUUCCCAAAAGAAUAGGAAAACGUCCAGAUGAUCUAAUCAGAAGACUCUGCAGACUUAACCCGGUGGAGAGGAUGGGAAACAAAAAGAAUAUGGUUCCAGGGAUUCAACUGGGAAGGUUUACGGGGUCGAAAACUACCAUCACCACUGAAGAGAGAG